UCACGGCAUUCACCAUUUGGCCACAUCAGUAUCGCACCAGUUAGCAACCGUUUCGGACGUGCAAUUAUCCCUGGCUGGAGUUCCACUGUUUGAACUUACUUGGAAGACAAAGAAAAAACAAAGAAGAAGCACCGAACUAGGAGGACCGGAAGUUCCUUUUAUUUCUUCAGGCGCCAUAACCACAACUUAGUGAUUCAAGUCGAUUUAGAAUUCGAUUGUCCAGAAAUUCAUUUGCAUUUUUUUUUCACUUAUAUUCACUCCUUCCUGAACUCGUGAAGCGGUGCCAGGUCCAUUGACUUCAUUUGCCUGCCUUUCGGUUUGUACAAAGAAUUCUUUCUGGCGGAUGGUAAACAAGAUCGAAAGCUCCUAUUGAAAAACAUAGAAAUGGGUCUUGACGUACCGAGGAGCUUUGUAUGUGAUGAUGCGCAACGAGAUCAACAACUGUAAAAAGCCCCGUCCGAGGGUUAUGACGAUUAACGAAUUCACAAUCUGUUGACAACUCAACGUGAAAGACCAGAAGAUGGGGAUGAUAACGCGCGUGAGAGGUCGGGUGCGGGCGAAUUCCCUGACCUUCGACAGAGAGAAGACUGCUCAGAGUGUGUGUCUGCUCAGUGCCGUACUGUUGCUACCCUAUUGUCCCAGAGGGCCCCUGCCCCUAUUGCCAUCCCCGGCACCGGCGCUAUACUCGGCCCUGGUCCUACCGGUCGUCUUCAGCGCUAACUACAGAUACCCAGUGGCCAUCCUGAAGACUUUGGUCGCAGCUACUAGAGAUGGAGCCAAGAAGGCCUGGAACCCUCUGUACAAUUUCCUGAAACAUCUCUACGCCCCGGUGGACAAGGCUGAGAAUCUUUUUAUGAAAAUGAAAAAUAUCUCCAUAAUGGCCAAUCAAAUAGUCUUCCUGAUGCUCGCUGACAAAGUUCUGCUGCCCCAGCAGAGGAUGACCUGCCUCUACACCCUGAUGUUUUACAACGUGAUAGCUUACUGCGUUAGCUACAUAAAGGAACUUAUAGAGAAAGAGGACUGGUCCCCGUACGUCACCCUGACUGAGAGAUCACAGAUAAAACACCUUGCCAUGUCGGCGACGAAGAUUGUCCUGGAGUGGACAAAAGCGGUGACCUUCGUCGUGACCUUGACCUUCAUGCUGCUGGUCUUCGGCCUGGAACAGGGUCUUCAGCACUACAAACCUUCGACACUCUACACCGUCAUCACCUGGACCUAUUACUCGGCGACGGAGAAAGUCUUCGUUGACAUGUUCCCACCGAUCCUGAGCUUCCUUCAACUAGAAGCUCUCGAAUGCAUUGAGAAUCUUUAUGCUCCGGUGAUACUGCGCUGCUUCACCAUAGGCAUGUCCACCCUCUUCACUCUCAUCCUGCUCCCGUCAGCACCCUGGCGUUUCCUAUUUGUCGCCUCCUACUUGAACGUCUACCUCAGGUCGAAGGAACUCCUACAGAACUCUGGUGCUGUUCUACGAAAGGAACGUGAAAUCUUGAAUCAGUAUAGAAAAGCCACCGUGGACGAAAUUGAACGAUUCGAUGACGUAUGCGCCGUAUGUCUUUGCAACAUGCAGAAAGCUAGAGUGACGCCGUGUCACCAUCUCUUUCAUGCGGAUUGCCUCAGGCAGUGUCUCAAAAGUAGCGACAAAUGUCCCAUGUGUAAGCGCGAGCUUAAAUUCGAUUAGUCCUUUAAAUUAUAUCAAGCCCUACAUCUUUAAUUGUAAACUAAAUCAUCAGUCGGAUGCUUCUAGUCUAAAUGAUAGUUUUUGAUAAGUAACGGAUGAUUUUUCUUUUUUUUUUUUUUUUUCAUAUCGUAUAUUUAAAUAUAUGUAUAGACAGGCAAUUUUCGUAAUUUUAUAAAGACUCAUUAACGAAGCAUCCUUAUAUUUUGAGAUUUGAUUCAUAAAUCAUUCAAAUCCUCCGAAUGAUUUCGAUACAUAUCUGUAGGACUCUUCAGCAUUGAUGGAAACCGACUUUCGCAUUUUAUAGUGAACUCUAUCGAUACCGGUUACAAGUUCUUCGACAUUGAAAAUCAGACGCGAUCGAUUGACUUACACGAAUCAUUAUUUAUCUUUACUCAUCGAUCAGUAUCUUUAAUCGUAUUCCAUCUUUUGAGAGCCUUGAUUAUUGGAAUUUCAUGGUAUGCAAUGACUACCAUGUAGAUUAUGGUUUUAAUCACUCUCAGACACGAAAUUAAAAUUCGUAGCUUUCAGACCCAUAUUCCUUUAGUUUAAUUUUACUGUGAUAAUGUAAUCAGUCGAACACUAUAUGUAUAUACCCAGCAGACAAUAUUUUACGUAACAUAUUUAUAUUUAUUGCAUCUAACUUUUACACGUGCGAACUACUAGUUCCUACUCAAAAAUGUAACACGUUACAUUUUUUCUUUUUUUCUUGGAAAUUCAACAUUGCCUUCUCACUGACUGUGCACUUACCGCACAUAAUUGUGUGUGUGUGUGUGUGCAGAAACGCCAUACAAUUUUGCUAGACUUUUUGUUCAUACCCACAUUUCAAUACAUACUUAGAUACGUGACCUUUGUGUCUAUUCACAUAGUGAAUGUAACGUGUUAUAUAUUUCAGCAGGAAUCAAUAGAUUGCAUGUAAUUUAUACAUAAUGAAUAUAUUGCAUAAAAUUUGAUGCGUUUGCUGGGUACGAUUGGUACGUGUAUCUUUACUCCAAUGGCUAGGACAGCGCUCGGCAAGUAAGGGAUAAUCUACAUUUCUUAUUCUAUUUUUGCUUUCUGUUUAUGCGGCCUGUGAAUGACCUUUGUAUUUUAUCAGUAAAAUAUUAAGAAUUCGUGCCAAUUAUAUUUAUUAGUAAGCCAUCAGAUUCAGCAUAUCAGAUUAUUUAAUAUUUUAUUCAAAGCUGUCGGCUUUACGAAAAUAUGUUUGUCCCAUUUUUUCCUCAACUUUAUCUUAUUUGAUAUACAAAUGCAAAUUUGAUUAUAUGAAAUUUAUAUAUAUAUAUAUAUAUUCGGGUUGUCAUUUUAUACGAAACACGUACCCACUUGCCGAACGAGGUUCUAGAUUAAUUAGUAUCAAUGCUUACACCGACUUUAUCUUUCUAAUUUCUUCUUUUGUACGGAAAAUUAACAAAUUACGCUUACUGUAUUUGACUCUAUUAUCAUAAUAGCUUAUUGUUUCGCGUAAUAUCCUUGCGCUACGAUAUAUCCUAAACUGCAACGUAUCCGUAAUGACGCCUUAUGUUAAUCUUUAUGUAAUUUUGUAUAUCGUAAAAGAGACACGUCAUAUCUGCAAUUACAGAAUCCAAAGGCUGCAUACAUUUAUCUGGUAUAGUGUCUAAUUACGAAUACGUUCGUGACGUAGCAAAUCGUAUAAAUUAUUUGUAUAUAAUUGUACUGUUGUUUUUUACCCAAGAAAUAAAAAUAUUUUAAAUCGA